UAGAAGAAUUCUAACGAAUUACGACCCAGCCCAAUACAAGCGGGUGGGACCAUUAUUUUGCCUCAGUUUGCGGAUUGCAGCUGAACAACCCAACCCGGGCCCAAAUUGUUUUUGCUCUUUUUUUGAUUAAAAACAUAGUAAAUAGGAAAUUCUGUCUUCAGAACCAAGCAAACCUAAACAACAUCAGAAAAAAUUUUCAGAGAGACGAGGAGCGAGAGAGAGAGAGAGACACAUUCACACAUCACAACAGCAAUGGAUCCGAAGCUCACAGAGGUCUCUCAGCUCUUCCAGCGCUUCAAAGCCGCCUUCUUAAGGAGUGAUUUCGAUACCUGCACCACUUUCCUCUCACAACUCAAGGUCUCACUGACAAAAUUCAGAAGCCUGCCACCAUUGUUCGAAGACACACCCAAUGCUAUCCGUGAAUUAAACUUAGCAAGGGAUAUAUAUGAGCAUGCCGUUGUUCUCAGUGUGAAGACAGAGGAUCAAGAUGCAUUUGAGAGGGAUUUCUUUCAGUUGAAGCCAUAUUACACGGAUGCUGGCAACCGUCUUCCACCAUCCCCUCAGGAGUAUCCAAUCUUAGGGCUCAACCUGUUGAGACUCCUUGUUCAGAACCGAAUUGCAGAAUUCCAUACAGAACUAGAACUUCUUUCCCCGACUGCUUUGGAGAAUCCUUGCAUUAAGCAUGCAGUGGAGUUAGAGCAGUCCUUUAUGGAAGGGGCUUACAACCGUGUGUUGAGUGCUCGACAGACGGUGCCGCAUGAGACUUAUGUCUACUUCAUGGAUCUUCUGGCAAAGACAGUCAGAGAUGAAAUAGCUGGAUGCAGUGAGAAGGCAUAUGAUUAUCUUUCAAUCAAUGAUGUGCGGGAAAUUUUGUUGUUCUCUUCUGAACGAGAAUUGUUGGAAUAUAUCAAGGAGGAGCAUUCGGAGUGGGAGAUCAAGAAUAAGAUUGUCUAUUUCCAGAAGGCAAAAGAAUCUGCACCUUGUAAAGAAAUACCCUCUCUGCAUUUGAUUAACCAGACACUCAGUUAUGCAAGAGAGUUGGAGCGGAUUGUGUAAAAGAGAGCUUAACUGGCAAUGGAUAUUUAGUCUGCUUUCAAUUCCAGUACCCCAACAACUGAUUCUGUUAAAAUUACUAUGAAAACCAUUUUGGAACAAAGUGUGAGUCAAUGGUAUAAGUGAGACUGGCUUUAGAUAAAGAGGUGGGGUGGUUGUGCACACCACGCUGGAUGUUACAAUGAAACUGUACUACUUGCCGUUUACAGAUUAGGUCGUCGUUUACAUUAUUUCAUUUCAUUUUAUUUAUCUUACUGUUAGACUUAUGAGUUACCCAAUACAUAUAUGAAAGGGAAUGGAAUUCGUUCUAUAA